GAAAAAUAACAAAAUAAAAUAAAUGCCUAUAUUUUGGCCACGGUUCUCUUCUCAUUCAAUAUCAAUACAUUGAUUAUUAUUCCCUCUCCUAUGCUGCUGUGCUUCACUGCAUCUUCCUUCUUCUCUCCAAAUUUUAGUGUUUUCUUCUCCCCAAAACUGUGUCCUUUUUUGAUUCUCUCACAAACUUAGCCAUCUUCCUUAAAGCUUUCUUCUUCUCUAACACAGUUCGAUUGAACAAUUUUUCUUUUAAGUUCUCGUCACCUCCGCCGCUGCCGCCCUUUAAUGGAACGUUUGACCUUUAAUAAUGAUGGGUUUCAGAAUGGAGUUCAUCGCCCUUCAUUGUCGUAUUCUUCUUCUCAGAGAGACGUUAGCUACAGUUGCGGCUCAUGUGGUUAUGGCCUAAACCUAAGCUCCUCCAACCGGAACAUCUCAACAGUUGGUUCAAAAUAUGGGAAGUCUAUAAAGCGGGGGAUCAUAUCGUUCCUAUCCAUUGACGAUAGCAGAUUCUCUCAGGUUGACGAGAUUCAGUGCGUACCUCAUUUCUCCAAGAAUUCGUGGGGUUUGUUCCGUCGAAGAAUCAAGCUUCAUUGUCGCAAAUGCAAUAAAUAUAUUGGAGUAGCAUAUGAUGAUUAUACAUCUUCUCAAUCUGGUGCUUCAGAUGUUACUGGUUCAUCUUCAGGCCAUGGUCAUGAAGUUUCAAAACGGAGAAAGUAUGAUAUUCGAAUCCGUGCUUUACAACCUUUAUCCUCUGAAGAGUCUGCUUUGUAGCUUAUCAAAUUGGGACAAGCUUGUUUUUGUUUUCUGUUUUUUUGGGUGUUGGGUAACGAGGCAGCCACUAUGAUCAACAAGGAGGUAUCCAAUUGCAUUUCAACAAAAAUAAACAUAAAAUCAAAUCAAACUUAUUUGCAUCUGAGACUUUAUAAAAGCUUUCUCUCCCCAUUUUGUUGUUUGUUCUUCUUUCGCCCCUGUGGAUGUAUUUAGAAAAUUAUUUGUACAUAACAGCAAUAUAUGUAUCCAAAAGACAUUGAUGAAGAAACUAGUUUUUUAGUGC